CAUGGCUGGCCUCGCGUCUUUUUGCGGCCAAAAUGGCGCUGGACCUACUGGGCGUCGGCAUCUCCUCCCUGGAGGAGGUGGAGGAGGGCCCUCCGCCCCGGCGCUUGAACUUGCACAUGAACCGCAUCAGCGACUUGGCCGGGCUGGGCCGCUUCGCGCGCCUGGAGGAGUUGAUCCUGUCCGCGAAUUGCAUCACCAGCCUGAGGUGUGAGCACUUCCAAGAGCAAGGCCAGCUGAAGCUGCUGGACCUCUCUUGCAACCAGCUGCAGGGUCUCAGUGGGCUCCAGCCGCUCCGGGCCCUGCGGGAGCUGCGGGUCGCCUACAACCAGGUCCAAUCCCUGGAAGGCCUUCAGAGCUUCUGGGGCCGGCAGUACGAGCUGAAGGUCCUGGACCUCAGGUGCAACCGCAUCGCGGGGCUGCCGCAGCUGCUGUUCCUGGGGGGCUGCUGCAAACUCGAAGCGCUGCGCUUCAAGGAAGGCGGCGGCAAAGAGAACCCGAUCUGCGCUGAGACGAUGUACAGCUCCUCCGUGCUGAUGGCGGCACCCUGGCUGCAAACGCUGGAUGGAGCGCCGGCGCAGGAGGCCGCCGAGCCGAAGCCGGCGCCGGCGCCGGCGCCGGAGCAGAGCGCGAAAGAGGAGUUACGGCGGCGCGAGCUGGAGCAGGCGGGGGCGGAGCUGCGGGCGGCGCAGCGUGAGGCGCAGCUGGCGGAGGAGCAGGCCAUGGCGGCGCAGAACGCGGCGGAGGAGGCGGCACACCGACGGGCCAUGCAGGGCGCGGCCCGAGAGGCAAGGCUCAAGGCGGAUCUGGAGGAGAUCGUCCAGGCGGUGCAAAAGCAUGAGGCCCACUUCGCCCAGGAACUGUCGAAGCUAGAAGCUGCUGACGCGGAGCUGCCGGCGGCGCAGGCGGCCGCUUCGGCGCAGGAGGCGCAGCUGAGACUCGAGGAGCAGCGGUGCCGGGAGCUGUCCAGCAGCGAGGCUCGGGAGAUCUCGCUGGCCGCAAGCUGGAAGAGCGAGAGGGACGCAGCAGAACAGAUGCUGACACUGUGGAGACAGAAGUCCUCGACGUUGCCAACCUACGACGUUUCUGCUCUCCAACGCGAGCUGCUGCUGACUUCCGAGCAGCUUCAGGAGACAAGGCGCCACUUGGGUGACCUGCCGAGCCUGGCGGAGGAGCUGAGGGAACAAGAGCAACGCGUGCUGGACGCGAGGCGAGACGCUCGUGAACAGGAAUGCGUCGCCAGGUCCUGGAAUUUGGAGGCUGCUGCAGUGGCGGGCCGCUUGGCCAGCAUCCGCGGAGCCGCUGCGCAGAGCGCGAGGGCAGGCGCAGAGAUGCUGGACGCGGCCGAGCUUCAGUGCAAGAACUACCAAGAAAGCCUUGCCGAGUCCUUGGCCGAGGAGUCGAUGCUUCGGAAGGAGGUCGAUUUGCAGAGCAGGCCCGAGACCGUGCAGGAAGGCAGCCUCCACUGGCUGCUGGCAGAGCGCGAGCGGCUGCAAGCAGAGGUCCAGGAGGCAGAGCAGGCCCCGGACCCCGGCGCGGCAGCGGUGGGCGCGCUGAAGGGCAAGCUGGCCUCGGUGCUGGAGGAGGCUUGGCAGGGCCUGCAGGAGACCGAAAGGCGAAGGAGAGCGGUGCAGGAGGAGCUGGAGCAGAAGGAAAGGGCGCUCGAGCUUGCGCGGAAUCAGGAGCAGCUGGAUGAGGUGGUCCUCGGGGAGAUGCAACUUCAGUUGGCACGCUGCCGCGAGGAGGAGGCAGCAGCUGUCUUGCAGGUGCAGCAGAAGGCUUCGGAGGCCUCCUAUGAGCGCCUGGAGGCUGAGCGGGUGCAGCAGAGAUCUGAGGAGGUGGAAGCACAGAGCGAGGAGCUCCAACACCUCCGCAGCACGGAGUACGCACGGCGCUCGGAGUACCAGGACUGCGUGCAGGCAGUCAAGGAGCUGAAGGACGAGAUGCAGAGACAAGGUGAGGAGCAGUCCCACGCGGCGCAGCGCCUUGAGAGCCUACGCCUGGCCCUGGAGACCAGACGCGAGGAGCUUCGACUACUGCUGGAGCGGCUGCAGCAGCUGCAGCGCGCGGGCGAUGCGGACCUACAGAGGCAGAAGAUCAAAGAACAGAUGAUUGCGGAUGCUGAACAGCAGGUGGCAGACUUGCAGCAGGCUUUGGCAGAGGCUGAGAAAGCAAAGCAAGAGAAUGACCUUGCCUGGAGAGAUCGUCUUACUGAGGCCACGACUUCUGCAGAGGAACAUGCCCAACGAGCGGAGGCGUUGCGUCAAUCGAGCUUGGAGCACGAGGAAGAGAUUGCCAAGCUCCGCAGGCAAGCGAGGGCCAAAGGAGAGAGGAACGACUACGUUGAGAUGCAGCUAGAACAAGUGAAUAGGAUGACUGAGGAGAGAAGCAGCAGCCUCGAGGCCAAAGUGCAGGCCAUGCGCGCCGAAGGCGGCGAGGUGCUGGACGAGGCGCGGUGGGCGCAGUCGGAGAUGGAGCAGCGCUUCCGGAGCGAGCGCGCGGAGCAGUUGCAGCAGGAGAAGGAUGGCAGGUCCCGGCUGGCGCAGCUGCGGCCGAGGCUUCAACGCGCCCCGGCCCAACGCCUGGCUCUGGAGAGGCGCAUCGCCGAGGAGAAGAAGGCGUCCAAGGAGCGGGUGGCCAGACUACUGGCCACCUUUGGAGCUGCUCCAUCCUGGAGGUAGCUGGCGAUUUGGAGAUCCGGAGAUGGACCGCGCCCUGGACACCAAGCUGGGCACUCGGCGCGAGGUCUACGACCAGCCCGUGGAGCCAUGGAGUUCUUCUUCGUGAGCUCUUCGCGAGCUCUUCGCGAGCGCUUCGCGAGCCGCAGUUCGGGCGUCGGGAGGG